AUGAAAACGGCAGGUAUCCCGGAGGUUUGUGGUGAGAUCUUCAGGCAGGAGAGAUAUAAGAUACGUGAAUUAGACGAAGGCAAACCUGUCCUGACUGCUUUGCGGUCUACUGCAACUGCAAAUCCUCCCUUCUCCUGGAGACCUCAGACUGAACACCGAAACGGGGUCGGGUUCCCCCGCAUACUCCCCACCCCCGCGGGCUGCGCACCUUCCCGGGUCCUCAAGGUCAAAGGAAACUGGACACCUACGUCCUCGAGCUCCGGGUCUGCGUUUGAAGCCAGCAGUAGCGGCCGGGCCCAAAGGCGGCGUGCCUCGGCGCGCCGAGUGCCCACGACCCCGCAACCCCCGGGUCCACGGGGCGUCCUGAGGCUGGCCGGGCCGGGGCAGGCAGGACGCGGCAGACUCACGCGGAGUCCUGGCAGGAGCGCAGGCUGGGCAGAGGCGUUCGCCGCGCCCCUACUUCACGAGUGCGCACCAGGAAGCAACAGAGUGGGCGCCAGGCGGGGCCACAGCACGCCCGACAGGGGCGCAGUUACCUGCAAGUCAAGGCAGCUCCUCCCCCCGUCGAUCCCUCCCCGCGGCCUUGCGGACUGGGCCUCCAGGCCCCGCCCUGCCUUGCCCCGCCCCUUCCGUCAGCGCCGCCGCGGCGAGAGCGGGCCGGGCGGGGCGAACGGGAGCGGCGGCGGCGGCGCAGCGACCCCUGCUGGAGGUCGCUCUUCGGCGGACUGCGCGGAGAACAGGCCGGGCAGAGUGAAGCCGAGGAGGCAGCGCCGCGUGUUUAUUUUCACGUGGCCCGAAAAGAGAGCUUAUCUUAAUGUAGUGUCUUUGGAUUUUCUGCGGUCACAAACCCCUUUGAACAUCUUUGAGAGCUAUAACGUUGUCUCCAGAAAAAUAUACUGCCAAGAAAAAGAGGGUAACGCUCCGACCUCCAGCAGACUGAACUAACACAAAAGUCACUGGCAUGCAGGGCAAGCAUACAAAUGGAGGCACAUUCCAAGCGUCUAAGUAUUUAAAAACUAUAAAUCAAGCUAACAACUGGGAACGGAUCCUCUUCAUGCAGCGGUCAAGUGAGAAACUGGAGAGUUUCUUGGAAAAUACUCCCAUCUUCCACCUUCCUUUGAGCCUCCUGCUCUGGUAAAAUGUCAUGCAAGGAAGGGACGGGGUCUUUGUUUUGACUGGCUAAAGUGGUCUCCUGCUAGGAGCUGAGGGCAAGAAUAUAAGAUUACUUACCAAGAUAUCUUCCUGGGAGCCCUCUGGUAUUAUGAUCACCUAACCCUUCUGUAAAUUGCCUUUAAUUCUCUCUGCCAAUAGAACUUUCCCAAUAAGCCAGGGCAAGUGUGAAGGAUAAAGUUGUAAAAACAAAUGCAAAACCUAUUUUCUAGCCUCUACUUGCUUUGAGGAUCCAGAUUUACUUUUUCUUUUAUUUUUUUCUUUUGUUUUUAAUUUUCCUUAUUAUUCUUUCUUACAAACCCUUGUGUCCAGGGCUGACUUUCAAUAGAUCACAGCGAGGGAGCUGCUCUGCUAUGUAGGAAACCCCUUCUGCCCAGAAGCAGGUCUUCUAUGCAUGGUUUAGCACCAGGCUCCCCACAAACCCCCUGUUGCCUGGCAGGUGAGGGGGUGGCCCCCUUCCAGCUGCUCCCCUUUCCCGGGUGGAGGGGCUCUCUGCAUUGAUCGCGAUGGGGCACACCCGGGAGGGACGGCUGGGCACCCGCUAUCCCUGGCCAACAGAAGUCCCCCAGCGCUGCGGGUUAUCAAUUCUGCUUGGGCCGGAUUCUGACUUAGAGGCGUGGAAUCACAAUCCCACAGAUGGUAGCUUUGCCCCAGACGAUCCGGAUUUAAAUGAUAGUAAUAAAUUCUUUACCUAUUGAAAACAAUAACAAAAUAUUUUUAACCUUCUCUAUCUUUGUGCUUCCAAUCCUUUUGAGUUUGAAUUCUCUCUACAAACUCAUGAUUGCUUACACCAGUGUCUGAGUACCCUGUAAUUCUUAUAUCUCUGGGUGUAGGUGUUACAGAAGAGUGAUGUCCACCCCCACACCCCUCCCCCCCAAAAAAAGAAAGAAAAGCGAUGUCCAAUAUGGUGGCCACUAGUAAGCGGCUACUGAGAACUUGAAAUGUGACUGAUCUGACUUGAGAUGUAUUCUAAGUGUAAAAUACACAGUGCAUCUCAAAAAUGUAGUACGUGUGGUAGAUUCUAAGAUAGCUCUCAAUAACCCUUGCUUCGCACCUGUAUGGAAUCCUCUCUUCUUUGAAUGUGGGAAGGGCCUGUAUCUUCCUUCUAACAGAAUAUGGCAAAAGUGAUGGGAUGUCACUUCCACAGUUAUGUUACAUAGAUUGUAAUUUCCAUCUUGCUAGCAGACAAUUUCUGUUAACUCUCCUUUGCUGGCUCUGGUGAAGUAACCCCCCCUUUGGAGAGACCUGUCUGGCGAGGAACUCAGGAAAACCUCCAGCUGGCAGCCAGCAGCAAGAUGAGCCCCUGAGUCUGGUAGCCCACAAGGAACUAAAUCCUGCCAAUAAUUGUGUGAGCCCGGAAGUGGAUACAUCCCCAUUCAAGCCUCACAUGAGACCCCAGUCCUGGCUGACAUCUGGAUUGCAGUGUCAUAAGAGAUCUUAAAGCAGAGGACCCACUAAGUUAGGCACAGAUUUUCUGACCUACAGAAAUUAUGAGAUAAUGUGUUCGGGUAAACUGCUAAGUUUGUAGUAAUUUAUUGUACUACAGUAGAUAACUAAUACAGAACCAAAACGAAGAAUGUCAACUAUCUCAUUGUUAAUUGUUUAACAUUGAUUACAGGUUGAAAUGAGAGUGUUUUGGAAUAUAUUGGGCCAAAUAGAAUAUUUUACCAAAAUUUUAGCUUUUUUUUUUUUUUUUUUUUUUUUUUUUUACUUUUUUAAUGUGGGUACUAGAAAAUCUAAAUACGUGGCUUGCAUUAUAUUUACACUGGACGGCACUGGCAUAGAACUCCAAGGAGACAAGAACUUCCUGUAGUUUAUGCAGCCCAGCAUCCUGGAGGGAGUUGGUUGUUACAUCCUUAGCAUCACCCUGUCACUUCCUGGGGCAUGCUACUGAAACAGAAAAUAGUCUGUCACUUCUGGAAAAGAUUGAUUCACCCUUUUUGAAGAUGGGGGAAGCUGUUGUAUAAUUUUUGCCCAGAGGUGAAAUCUGCUUAGUCUUCUUACUUUUGGAUGCUGCCUUCAGGGUUUAAUUUGUUUCAAAUUAAGAGCAGGUGGCAGAUGCAAUUAAAGGGAAGAAAACAAUUGCAAAUUAAGCACGAUUUUUAAAACUUAUUUGCAAUGGCAGCAACACAUUCAGGGAAUAAAUGCUAAUUAUUUUGAA